AAUAAUUACAGACAGUAAAUGAAGAUUAUUCUGGUCAAACUCAUAAUGAUCUAAAAGCAGAACAGGGCUGGAAAGUAAGAACUCUUUAUAUUAACAUGUCCAUUUCUUUCAGGAGAAACUCAAAACUGCACUAAAACCCUUACAGGAGAAACUGAGAAUAUUUGAGGAGUUUAAACAGAAUUUGGAUCAAACUGCAGAACAUAUUAAGUUUCAGGCUCGACACACAGAGAGGAAGAUUAAUGAGGAGUUUGAGAAACUUCACCAGUUUCUACAUGAUGAAGAGGCCGCCAGAAUAAGAGCACUGAGAGAGGAAGAGGAGCAGAAGAGUCAGAUGAUGAAGGAGAAGAUUGAGAAGAUGAACAGACAGAUUUCAUCUCUUUCACACACAAUCAGAGUCAUAGAGGAGCAGAUGACAGCUGAAUAUCUUUCAUUCCUACAGAACUUGAAGAGCACAAUGGAAAGAACCCAGUGUACACCAGCAGAUCCAGAGAACAUUUCAGGAGUUCUGAUCAAUGUCCCAAAACAUCUGAGCAACCUGAAGUUCACUGUGAUACAGAAGAUGCAGGAAAAUGUUCAAUACACUCCAGUGACUUUGGACCCAAACACUGCUGACUGUAAACUCAUCGUGUCUGAUGAUCUGAUCAGUGUGAGAUUCAGUGAAGAGGAACAGCUGCUUCCUGAUAAUACUGAGAGAUUUGAUAUGUAUAAGUGUGUUUUGGGUUCAGAGGGUUUUAAUUCAGGGAUUCACUGUUGGGAUGUUCAGGUUGGAGACUGUACACGCUGGUUUUUGGGUGUGAUGACAGAAUCUGCUCAGAGGAAGAAGAACAUAUUGUCCAGGAGUGGACUCUGGUGUGUUUGGUUUUAUGAUGGUAAAUAUGAUGCAUUCAUUUCACCUGAUCAAAGAUCUCGUGUCUCAGUGAAAGAGAAACUCCAGAGAAUCAGAGUUCAGCUGGACUGUGACAGAGGAAAACUGUCAUUCUCUGAUCCUCUCACUAACACACACAUACACACUUUCACACACACGUUUACUGAGAGAAUAUUUCCAUUGUUCGGUGUUGAUUGUGACAUUUCUCCUCUGAUGAUCUUACCAGUGAACUCCUCUGAAAAAAAGACUUAAGAAUGAAAUUACAGAUUAAACUUGUAUCUACAAAAGUUGAGUUUCUGUAGAAGACAGACUAAUCAAACGUGUCUUUGUAGCAUCAGCUGUUAAUUCAUUUAUUCUGACAUGUUUUAAUGCUUUUUAAUGAUGCUGGCUAAGAUGUGAAUUCAUAUGGGAGAUCAGUGAUUUACUGAACAUCUUAAUAAUGUGAUCUCGGGUUGUUAUUGAUCAUUAUACGAUAGAACAGUUGAGCUGGACUGUGACAGAUAACACACACACACACACACACACACACACACAUGCACGCACGUUUAUUAAGAGAAUACUUCUAUUGUUCAAUGUUGUUCGUGACAUUUCUUCUCUAUUGAUCUUACCAGAGAACUCCUAAAAAAGAAAAAAGAAAGUCUUAAAUGAGUCUCUAAAGCACAAAGUCAGAAUAAGUUUGUUUUGUCUAUUAAUUCCUUCACUUGUCUUUUCUGCUGUUAAAAUACAAAUAAUGAAAUCACACUUUUAUUCAUGGUUGAAAAAUAAAUAAUUGUGGUUGAAGAAAUGAGAAUAUCUCAUGUGAGUAACGUCAUCAAUGUAACUUCAGGAGAACAUGAACA